AUGAAGCUCAGCUUUGCCACCAUGAUCGCUGCACUCGUUGUCAUUAGCACUGUUACGGCUCUUCCUGCCAAUAACGAGCAGCCCGUUGCCGAGGGCUUGUUGACCAAACGUAUAGAUUGUUGCAAGUACACCGACGGCAGCCAGUAUUGCGGAGUCAUGGGGUGCUGCAUCACGAGGAAGUGCACGAGAUACGGUGGCCCUGCUCAGUGCGGUUACUCUGGGUGCUGCAUGAGCUACAACUGUUGA